AUGAAGCGCAGCCUGAGGAGGGUGCUGCGUCCUGGGGAGAAGAAGGAGCCCCAGGCGGUUGUCUACCAGGGCGUGGAGGACGACAUGGACGACUCCAAGGAAUCGUUUAAGGUGGUUUUUGAAGGAAGUACAUGUGGUUUGCAAAACUUUAUCAAGAAACGAAGGAAAGUAAGCAAAUACGAUGACGUGAACGCCUCCCCUUUGCAUCAUGCUGCUGCAGAAGGUCAAGUUGAGCUGAUGCAGAUGAUCAUCAAUAAGUCAUCUUGUGAAGCGCUGAAUGUGAUGGAUGAUUAUGGAAAUACCCCUCUGCACUGGGCCACAGAAAAAAACCAGGUUGAAAGCGUUAAGUUUCUUCUCAGCAAAGGAGCAAAUCCAAACCUCCGAAACUGCACCAUGAUGGCACCCCUUCACAUAGCUGUGCAGGGCACAGACAACGAGGUGACCAAGGUCUUGGUUGAGCACAGCAGAACUAACAUUAAUUUGGAAGGAGAAAAUGGAAACACAGCUGUGAUAAUUGCAUGCUCCAAAGAUAAUAGUGAAGCACUGCAAAUUUUGUUUAAUAAAGGAGCUAUGCCAUGUAAAUCAAACAAAUGGGGAUGUUUACCUAUUCACCAGGCUGCCUUUUCAGGUUCCAAAAAAUGCAUGGAGAUAGUAUUAAAAUUUGGUGAAGAACAUGGAUACAGCAGACAGACUCACAUUAACUUUGUGAAUAAUGGCAGAGCCAGCCCUCUCCACAUGGCAGUUCAAAGUGGCGAUUUAGAAAUGAUUAAAAUGUGCCUGGACAAUGGUGCACACAUAGACCUGAUGGAGAAUGGCAAGUGCACGGCCCUUCAUUUCGCUGCCACCCAGGGAGCCACUGAGAUUGUUAAACUGAUGAUAUCAUCCUAUUCCGGUAACAGCGACAUUGUUAAUGUAGCCGAUGGAAAUCAAGAGACCCUGCUUCACAGAGCCUCAUUAUUUGAUCACCAUGAACUAGCGGAAUACUUAAUUUCAAUGGGUGCAGAUAUUAAUAGCACCGAUGGUGAAGGACGGUCUCCACUUAUAUUAGCAACUGCUUCUGCAUCUUGGAAUAUUGUAAAUUUGCUGCUGUCUAAAGGUGCCCAGGUAGACAUAAAAGAUCACCUUGGACGUAAUUUUCUGCAUUUAACUGUACAGCAACCUUAUGGAUUAAAAAAUUUGAGAACUGAGUUUAUGCAGAUGCAACAUAUUAAAGAGCUGGUAAUGGAUGAAGACAACGAUGGGUGUACUCCACUACAUUAUGCAUGUAGACAGGGGGUUCCUUUCUCCGUAAAUAACCUACUUGGCUUUAAUGUGUCCAUUCAUUCCAAAAGCAAAGAUAAGAAAUCACCCCUGCAUUUUGCAGCCAGUUAUGGGCGUAUCAAUACCUGUCAGAGGCUCCUACAAGACAUAAGUGAUACAAGGCUUUUGAAUGAAGGUGACCUUCAUGGAAUGACUCCUCUCCACCUGGCAGCAAAAAAUGGACACGAUAAAGUAGUUCAACUUCUUCUGAAGAAAGGUGCAUUAUUUCUCAGUGACCACAGUGGCUGGACAGCUUUGCAUCAUGCAUCCAUGGGCGGGUACACUCAGACCAUGAAGGUCAUUCUUGAUACUAAUUUGAAGUGCACAGAUCAGCUGGAUGAAGAAGGGAACACCGCGCUGCACUUCGCUGCAAUGGAAGGCCACGCCAAAGCCGUUGCGCUGCUCCUGAGCUACGAUGCUGCCAUAGUCCUGAACAAGCAGCAGGCCUCCUUUCUGCACCUCGCAUUUCACAACAAGAGAAAGGAGGUGGUUCUCAUGACCAUCAGGAACAAAAGAUGGGAUGAAUGUCUUGAGGUUUUUAGUCAUUCUUCUCCAUGCAAUAAAUGUCCGAUCAUGGAAAUGGUAGAAUACCUCCCUGAAUGCAUGAAAGUACUUUUAGAUUUCUGCAUGUUGCCUUCCACAGAGGACAAGUCCUGCCAAGACUACCAUAUCGAGUAUAAUUUUGCAUAUCUCCAAUGUCCAUUAGAAUUCACCAAAAAAACACUACCUACCCAGGAUGUAAUGUAUGAGCCUCUUACAGCCCUCAAUGCAAUGGUACAACAUAACCGUGUAGAGCUUCUCAACCAUCCUGUGUGUAAAGAAUACUUACUUAUGAAAUGGUUAGCUUAUGGAUUUAGAGCCCAUAUGAUGAACCUAGGAUCUUACUGUCUUGGCCUCAUACCUAUGACCUUUCUUGUUGUUAAUAUAAAGCCAGGAAUGGCUUUCAACUCAACUGGAAUCAUCAAUGAAAGCAGUGAUCAUUCAGAAAUAUUAGACACCACGAAUUCAACUCCAAUAAAAAUUUGUAUGAUUUUAGUGUUUUUAUCAAGUAUAAUUGGAUAUUGCAAAGAAGUGGUCCAAAUCUUCCAACAGAAAGGGAAUUACUUUUUGGAUCAUAACAAUGUCUUUGACUGGAUUAUCUACACCACAAGCAUCAUUUUUGUGCUGCCCCUGUUCGUUGGUAUACCAGCUUAUGUGCAGUGGCAAUGUGGAGCAAUUGCUAUAUUCCUCUAUUGGAUGAACUUCCUAUUGUAUCUGCAAAGAUUUGAAAAUUGUGGUAUUUUCAUUGUUAUGUUGGAGGUGAUUUUGAAAACUUUGUUGAGGUCAACAGUCGUAUCUAUCUUCCUUUUUUUGGGUUUUGGACUCAGCUUUUAUGUCCUCCUAAAUUUACAGGAUGCAUUCAGCUCUCCACAGCUUUCUAUACUCCAGACCUUCACCAUGAUGCUAGGGGACGUCAGUUACCGAGAUACCUUCCUAGAGCCAUUUCUGAGAAAUGAAUUGGCAUAUCCAUUUCUGUCCUUUGCACAACUUAUUUCCUUCAUAAUAUUUAUCCCAAUUGUUCUCAUGAAUUUACUUAUUGGUUUGGCAGUUGGUGACAUUGCUGAGGUCCAGAAACAUGCAUCAUUGAAGAGGAUUGCUAUGCAGGUGGAACUCCAUACCAGUUUAGAGAAGAAGCUGCCACUCUGGUUCCUACGCAAAGUGGAUCAAAAAUCUGUCGUCGUGUAUCCCAACAAACCCAGAUAUCAUGGGAAGUUAUUAAGUAUAUUUUAUGAUUUUUUUGGCAACCAAGAAACAAGACAAGAAAUACCAAAUGCUGAUACAUCUUUAGAAAUGGAAAUAUUGAAGCAGAAAUACCGGCUGAAGGAUCUCACUUCUCUCCUGGAAAAGCAGCAUGAGCUCAUUAAACUCAUCAUUCAGAAGAUGGAGAUCAUCUCUGAGACAGAGGAUGAAGAUAACCAUUGUUCUUUCCAAGACAGGUUUAAAAAAGAGCAGUUGGAACAAAGGAAUAGCAAAUGGAAUUCUGUGUUGAAAGCAGUAAAAGCAAAAACACACUUCCCUUAG